AUGAGGGUCCUAUGCGUGGCUGAAAAGCCAUCCAUCUCCAAGGCGGUGGCUGGCCAUCUGUCCGGAGGUUCUUUCACAACACACAACACUCGCAACAAAUACAUCAAGAAUUACUCCUUUGACUUUGACUUUGGCCAGCAAUGGGGGUCCUCAUCCGUUACCAUGACUGCCGUUACAGGCCAUUUAACCAAUGUCGAGUUUACCAGCGAGUACAAGAACUGGAGUCAUCCUCCACCAGAGUCUCUCUUCUCGGCGCCGAUAGUUACCAAUGACAAAAAGGAUAUUGCCAAGAACAUAGCAGAUCAAGCUAAAUAUGCGCGUCUGCUGGUGAUAUGGACCGAUUGUGAUCGAGAAGGAGAGCACAUUGGCCAAGAGAUUGUCGACGCAGCAAAGAAGGGCAACGCAACGAUCCAAGUGAAGCGUGCCAGAUUUAGCAACGUCGAACGAGCGCAUGUGUUGUCCGCUGCCAGACGCCUCGUUGAGCUGGACGAGAAGCAGGUCAACGCUGUUGCAGCAAGAAUCGAACUGGAUCUACGUAUCGGAUACGCAUUUACGCGCUUCAUAACGAACAAUCUCAAGCAACUUGGUGGACCUUUGGCAGAUUUGGUAUUGAGUUACGGGUCUUGCCAGUUUCCAACGCUCGGCUUCGUUGUGGAUCGAUACUUUCGUGUCAAAAACUUCGUCCCCGAGCCGUUUUGGGGCAUAUCCUUGAUGCACAACAAAGAUGGCAAACAGGUUCGAUUUUCCUGGGCUCGGAAUCGCCUCUUUGACCGGAUGACAGUCGUGCUCCUAUAUGAGAGAUGCCUUGCCGCCAAAAAAGCAAAGAUCACAAAGGUGCAAGAAAAGCCGACCCGAAAAUUCAAGCCACUGCCUCUCACCACCGUCGAGCUCCAGAAAGCAGCAACUCGCUUGCUGCGGAUGUCCGGUCAGCAGGCCAUGACGAUAGCCGAAGGCCUCUACAACAAAGGAUUCAUCAGCUAUCCGAGGACAGAAACCGACCGCUUUGAUAAAGGCAUGAAUCUGAGGGCACUGGUCCAGAAGCAGGCGACGGACCAGCGCUGGGGCACGUAUGCCCAAGGACUCGUCAACGGCGGCUUUCGACAGCCGAGGGAGGGAAAACACGACGAUAAAGCUCACCCUCCGAUCCAUCCCAUUGCGCAUGUAGCACCAAGCGCGUUGACCUAUGACGAGGGGCGGCUAUAUGAGUAUGUGGUGCGCCGAUUUCUGGCAUGCUGCUCGGAAGACGCUCAAGGAAUGGCGACGGAUAUCGACGUCCAAUUUGGAGAUGAACAUUUCAGUACCCGAGGAGUCAUUGUGCUCGAAAGGAACUACUUGGACGUCUAUAUCUACGAAAACUGGACCAACACUACGGAGCUGCCGCGAUUCACCGUCGGUGAGCAGUUUGAGCCUACCGAGGCCAUGAUGACCGAAGGUAAAACAUCGCCGCCAAACUAUCUCACAGAAGCCGAUCUGAUUGCGCUCAUGGAUGCCAACGGCAUUGGAACGGAUGCCACCAUGGCUGAGCACAUCCAAAAGAUACAAGACCGAGAAUACGUGGCAACUACAACAAGAGGAGGCACGACAGCCGCAGAUGGUGACGAUGAAGAGCAAGAUGAUGCACCGGCUGCCCGAGGCGGCCGUGGACGUGGAAGAGGUGGCCGAGGUCGGGGAGGCGGCGGCUCAACAAGAGGGGGUAGGGGCGGCGGCGUGAAGGUGUUCGUUCCCACUCAACUUGGCGUUGCCCUUAUCCUGGGCUUCGACCGGAUGAGUUUCGAAACGAGCCUUGGAAAGCCGUUUUUGCGCAAAGAAAUGGAGCUUCAGAUGAAGGCCAUCUGCCAAGGCAGCACAACACGCCGGGAGGUGCUCGACCGAAGCAUUGGGCAGUACAAGCAGGUGUUUUUGCAGUGCCAAGAACAAGUAGGAGUCCUUAAGCAGGCCUGCCGAGAGUUUAUCUUCGGCCAGGGGCCGAGAUCAUAA